GGGCGGCCACUCCGGCAGCAGCGGCGGCGGCGGCUGUAGCGCGGGAGGCGGCAGGAUUCUCUGCUGUUACUCAACGCCGUGACCCCGGCUGCCCCUGGCCUGCUCUAAAGCCCGUCUCCACGCCUGGAAGGGACUGCGGCCUGGGGGCUUCGGGAGCCGGCCCCCGCUCUCCAGCAGGCCGCACCACCCACAGGACCACGGGAGGUAGCCGUUGGAGGGAGCCUUCGCAUGUGUGACACUGGACGCCCUCUGAGGACGUCCCUGCAGGCACAGAGCCCGGCCGGACAACUGAGGGGCCGCAGGGGAGCCAGAGCUGAGGACUCGGCGUGUGCCUUCAGCCCAUCCUGGACACCAGGGAAGAGGCUAGCGAGUCCGUGAGUGGCCUGGAGGCUGGAGCCCUGCAGGCCUGUGUCACCCAUGGAGCUGCAGGCUCGAGGGACCUCUGGCCAACCCGGAUCGCCAGCUGGGGAGAAGCCGCUGGCCUAGGCCUGUGAGGAGGCUGUUGCAGACAGAUGCCCCCGGGCGGCGGGGGCUCCCAAGUGGGCUGCAGACCUCGGCUCCCAACGAGGAGGAUGCCAGCCAAGGGGCGCUACUUCCUCAACGAGGGCGAGGAGGGCCCGGACCAGGCUGCGCUCUACGAGAAGUACCGCCUCACCAGCCAGCACGGGCCGCUGCUGCUCAUGCUCCUCGCGGUGGCCGGGGCCGCCUGUGUGGCGCUGCUUGCCAUCACUUUCAGCCACGGGGAGCCCUCCCGACACCAGGCUGUCCUGGGCACGGCCUCGCUGGCCUUGGCUGUGUUCGUGGCUCUGUACGUGCUGGUGUAUACCGAGUGCCUCGUCCGGCGGUGGCUCAGGGCCCUGGCGCUGCUCGCCUGGGCCUGCCUGGUGACGCUGGGCUACGUGCUGGUUGUGGACUCCUGGAAGAAGGCGGCCUGUGCGUGGGAACAGGUGCCCUUCUUCCUGUUCCUCGUCUUCGUGGUGUACACGCUGCUGCCCUUCAGCAUGCAGGGCGCCGUGGCCGUGGGGCUGGUCUCCACCGUCUCCCACCUCCUGGUGUUCGCCGCUCUGAUGGGGGCCUUCACAGCGCCCAGCGUCUGGGUGGGGCUGCAGCUGCUGGCCAAUGCCGUCAUCUUCCUGUGUGGGAACUUCACGGGCGCCUUCCACAAGCACCAGAUGCAGGAUGCUUCCCGGGACCUCUUCACCUACACGGUCAAAUGCAUCCAGAUCCGGCGGAAGCUGCGCAUUGAAAAGCGCCAGCAGGAGAACCUGCUGCUGUCGGUGCUGCCAGCCCACAUCUCCAUGGGCAUGAAGCUGGCCAUCAUCGAGCGGCUCAAGGAGCGCGGGGACCGUCGCUACGUGCCCGACAACAACUUCCACAACCUCUACGUCAAGCGGCACCAGAACGUCAGCAUCCUGUACGCGGACAUCGUGGGCUUCACGCGGCUGGCCAGCGACUGCUCCCCCAAGGAGCUGGUGGUGGUGCUGAACGAGCUCUUCGGCAAGUUCGACCAGAUUGCCAAGGCCAACGAGUGCAUGCGGAUCAAGAUCCUGGGCGACUGCUACUACUGUGUGUCGGGCCUGCCCGUGUCCCUUCCCACCCACGCCCGGAACUGCGUGAAGAUGGGGCUGGACAUCUGUGAGGCCAUCAAGCAGGUGCGGGAGGCCACGGGCGUGGACAUCAGCAUGCGUGUGGGCAUACAUUCGGGGAACGUGCUGUGUGGGGUCAUUGGACUGCGCAAGUGGCAGUACGACGUGUGGUCCCAUGACGUGUCCCUGGCCAACAGGAUGGAGGCAGCUGGAGUCCCUGGGCGGGUGCACAUCACGGAGGCCACGUUGAAUCACCUGGACAAGGCGUAUGAGGUGGAGGACGGACAGGGGCAGCAGCGAGACCCUUACCUGAAAGAGAUGAACAUCCGCACCUACCUCGUCAUUGACCCCCGGAGCCAGCAGCCGCCAGCUCCCAGCCAACACCUCCCCAAGCCCAGGGGGGACGCGGCCUUGAAGAUGCGGGCUUCGGUGCGCAUGACCCGCUACCUGGAGUCCUGGGGGGCUGCGCGGCCCUUUGCGCACCUCAGCCAACGCGAGAGUGUGAGCAGUAGUGAGACCCCCGUCCCCAAUGGGCGGAGACCCAAGGCCAUUCCUCUGCGGCGCCACCGGCUCCCCGACAGGAGCGCGUCCCCCAAGGGGCGGUCGGAAGACGACUCGUAUGAUGAUGAGAUGCUGUCGGCCAUCGAGGGGCUCAGCUCCACCAGGCCCUGCUGCUCCAAGUCUGAUGAUUUCUACACCUUUGGGUCCAUCUUCCUGGAGAAGGGCUUUGAGCGUGAGUACCGCCUGGCACCCAUCCCCCGGGCCCGCCAUGACUUCGCCUGCGCCAGCCUUGUCUUCGUCUGCAUCUUGCUCAUCCAUGUCUUGGUGAUGCCCAGGAUGGCAACUCUGGGUGUGUCCUUUGGGCUGGUGGCCUGCCUGCUGGGGCUGGUGCUGGGCCUGUGCUUUGCCACUGAGUUCUCGAGGUGCUGCCCAGCCCGGGGGACACUCCAGGCCAUCUCCAAGAGGGUGGAGACACAGCCUCUGCUGAGGCUGUCCCUGGCCGUGCUGACCAUUGGCAGCCUGCUCACCAUUGCCAUCAUCAACUUGCCGCUGAUGCCUUUCCCAGCCCCUGGGCUCCCUGGUGGCAAUGAGACGAGCCUGUGGGCCACAAGCAGCAGCAGAAACAGACCCGUGUGUGAGCUCCUCCCGUAUUACACCUGCAGCUGCAUCCUGGGUUUCAUUGCCUGCUCCGUCUUCCUGCGGAUGAACCUGGAGCUGAAGGUCGUGCUAUUGACAGUGGCGCUGGUGGCCUACCUGGUGCUCUUCAAUCUCUCCCUGUGCUGGCAGGGGGACUGCUGUGGCCACAGUCUGGGCAACCUCACCAAGAGCGGUGGCACCUCCAGCUGUCCGUCCACCUCUGCCCACACGGCAACAGCAUGUGAAGGUGAACACACACUCGUACCUGGGGCUGGGGCUGACUCCUCCCCUCCUGCGUCCAACAGCACUGCUGGCUGUUCUCUGAGUGACCUGAAGACCAUGAUCAACUUCUACUUGCUCCUGUUCUAUGCCACCCUGGUCAUGCUCUCCAGACAGAUUGACUAUUAUUGUCGCUUGGACUGUUUGUGGAAGAAGAAAUUCAAGAAGGAACAUGAGGAAUUUGAAACCAUGGAGAAUGUGAAUCGUCUUCUCCUGGAGAAUGUGCUGCCAGCCCACGUGGCUGCCCACUUCAUUGGCGACAAGCUGAAUGAGGACUGGUACCAUCAGUCCUACGAUUGUGUGUGUGUCAUGUUUGCAUCUGUGCCGGAUUUCAAAGUGUUCUACACAGAGUGCGACGUCAACAAAGAAGGGCUGGAGUGUCUGCGCCUGUUAAACGAGAUCAUCGCGGACUUUGAUGAGCUGCUGUUAAAGCCUAAGUUCAGUGGAGUGGAGAAGAUCAAGACCAUUGGCAGCACCUACAUGGCAGCUGCUGGGCUCAGUGUCCCCUCAGGGCACGAAAAUCAGGAUCUGGAGCGACAGCAUACCCACAUUGGUGUCAUGGUGGAAUUUAGCAUUGCCCUGAUGAGCAAGCUGGACGGCAUCAACAGGCACUCCUUCAAUUCCUUCCGCCUCCGAGUUGGCAUAAACCAUGGGCCUGUGAUUGCUGGAGUAAUUGGGGCACGAAAACCUCAGUACGACAUCUGGGGAAACACGGUCAAUGUUGCCAGCCGCAUGGAGAGCACUGGAGAGCUUGGGAAAAUCCAGGUUACUGAAGAGACAUGUACCAUCCUCCAGGGACUAGGUUACUCUUGCGAGUGCCGGGGACUGAUCAAUGUCAAAGGCAAAGGCGAGCUGCGGACUUACUUUGUGUGUACAGACACUGCCAAGUUUCAAGGGUUGGGGCUGAACUGAGGGCUUCUGGUGCAGUCAGAACACUGGGAAGCCAGUUUCCUCCGCUGGGCAAGCCAAGGAGAGACCCAGCCCCAUGCCAAUGGCAAAGGCAUUCAAACAGAUUGUGGCUGUUGCCACCUCCUGUCCAAUGGCUCUGCGUGGCUCUUUGGGCUUGCACUAGAGGAUCGAUCACAUCCACACCAGAUCCUGCCUGUGUGACUGUUGGAUUGUGACAUGUGGCAGCAGAUGGGGCCUCUGUGUGGUCAAUCUAACAGUUUCUAGGUUAUCUGGAAGAUCACUGGUAGGCUGUGCUUGUGACUUUGAGAACUUUGUUCCCAGGGUGCUAUGGAGGUGCUCAGAGGAUGAACAAGGCAGACGUCCUCUGUGGUGACCUGUAAGCAUGUUCAAGGAAACUCACUUUUCCUAGGCACUUAGCCAAGCUGUCUGGCAUGGCUAGAGCCUCCCUUCUCCCUAGCAGGGCUGAAUCUGGGGUUAUUUUUUACAUAAACAUUCUGGUAAAUGGAGUUGAAAAGCAUGUUUUACGUCAGCAAAAUGAUUUCACUGUAGAGAAAAACCUGUAAAUGACACUUGUUACUUCUUGUCAUCUUUGGCAUGUGUUUGCUUUAAAUGGAUACAUUAUUACUGGGGCUUCAUCCUUACUAAUGACUUCUUAGGCCCCAGACAAAAUUCUCCUCCUUCCAGUGAAUCUUUUUAGUCAGUGACUCAUGUAUGCAGGACUACUGUCCAGUGUCAGCUUAUGGAUGAGCCUGGCCGUAGGGACAGUUCUGAGGAAUGCAGCUCACAGAACGCAGCAGUGGAAUAGCCUCGGCUCUGAAUCAGGCAAUCUUGCCACAAGCCUUCUGAUCAGGUUCAGUAAGCUGAGAGCCUAGCGCUAAGGUACAGUCAUUUAGCUCCCCCGACUAGGCACGCAUGUUUCACCUCUCCCCUGCAGCACUCAACUAUGUCCUGCUUUUCCUAGUAUAGCAAGAACCGGGACAACCUGCAGUAGUAUGAGUUUCUUUCUUUAGUCUGCAUAGCUAACUAUGGAGAGCUUUAAAACCAGAAGGAUCUACUCUUCAUGAGAUGUCGAGGCUCCUAUUCCUAGAAGCCAGCCCCUUGCAAAUGCUGAGAUGUUCUUGCUUUAAACUGAACAAGUCAAGGCAAAAUGCCAGCUCUGUGCAAUGGUGUCUUAUGGUGCUUCAACUCCACAGGGAGUCAAAGAAGUCUACCUGUUUCAAGGUGAGAAAUAACCAAACUGCCUACUCCUGCUCUGAACUGACUUCACUGCCACCUUAUAACCAGAACUUAGAUCCCUAGUAUCUAACACCACUGAAUUUCACUACAUUGCAGGGGACUCAUAACUACAAGUUACUCAUAAAAUCUUACUGGAGCCUUCAAAAGAUUACACAGGGUUGCAGCCAGGGUGACUAACCAGCUAGGUUUACCAGUGACUGGAGAUCCUGCAUGAUGCUGCCACCCUUGUUACAGAGCAGGGUAUAGCCAAGUGGUGGUGGUGGAGGGGAUUAAAAUGUCAUCUGUCAUCUGUGUUGUGUCUUGUGAGGCUUGAUCAGCCUGAGGAAGUGAGGGGGGCUGAUCUAAUCUGCACAAAGGUGCUGGGGGGCCUUGUGACAGUGCUGAUGUAUUGCAUACAAUCAAUCAGUAUGCACUCACUGUAAGAAUUUGCUGUAUAAAGGAAUUUUCUGACAAAAAUGAUGGUAAGGGAAAGACGCCUUUUACCCUGGCAUUUCAAGUAAGGGCUGAUUUCAGGUGAGUACUAUAUUAAACUCUGUGUUCUUAAAACCUAGCAGUGUCGAGAGCUCCCUUGGGGAGUCGAGAAGGUUUCCAAUGCUGAUGAAAGGUAGACACAUGUCAGUACACCAGCCUCAAAUUUCUACUUUCAAUAUUCAAGUUAUUUUUUUCCUUCAGAAACAGGAAUUCCAGAUAGGAGUUUUCAAUUACAGUGCUGUCCUCAGAUAAGAAAAGAAUACUUUAAUGUUCAGAUAGUGACCAUAACAUCACUGCAGUUUUAGAAAAGAUACUUGUUCCUGUCAGAUUUUUUAACAAUGACCUUUUCUAUGGGUCAAGGACUUGCUUAAAAUUUCUACAGGGCGGCAUCACUGCUCUCGAAAAUUAACACUGAAGCCUUCUGGUUUACUUACCAAGGAAAUUUUCCAACAAAACAGAUGAUCAUUACCCACUGUAUUCUUUAUGUAUAUAAUAGGCCAAUGUACAGAAAUAUGCUGAAACUGUGCAUGCAAAUAAUAAGGACUUGUUCUGUAUAUUGACUAUUUAUAGAUCUAUAAUAUUUGCUUUAAAUGUUUUAUUUUUGUAAACUGCCAGGCUGCUUUUCAUACAUUAAAUUAGCAAUGUGGAAAAACC